GCGCUUGCUCCACUGUUUGUAUUGAUUCCGGUGUCUAUGACUAAGGCGAAAUAUCCAUUUGCUAUCGGAUCGGCAUUAAAAUUUCACUCUCGCGGUCCCAAUCAGAAUUAAUCAUCAUUGAGGGUUUAGACCCGCUGUAAAGUGCACCAUGGUGGAAGAAGAACCGAAGAUCCAAGCAAUCGAAGGAGUGACCUCGCCGACCAUCGUGGGACUAUGUCUUGGAGGUGCGGUUUUUGUCUUGUGCAUGGCUGCCUUGACGUGCUUCUGCUAUCGUCAGCGGAGGAACCACAACGCCAAACGCCAUGGACCCGACCAGCCGUUGGCCUUCCACACCCAUCGGAGACCCACGGCUGUCAAGAGUCCAGCAGGGGCGACGACGCACUACUUGAAGAAGAGUCCCAGUCCCACGGGACCCUCGAAAACACCCCCUGGGAUGUCAGCUCCGCAUACGCCUAGUCCAACAGGUAGUUCUUCGGGGAGUAUGGCUGGGCCUUUGGAGAGUGGGGUUUCCAAUGGGAAUGACAAGCUGGAUCACAGUGCAACCAUGAAGGAUGUGUAUACGACGGAAAAUGAAGUGCAUACACCCACGAAGGAAGAAAUUGAAACGAAUGAGAAAAAUCUGCAGCAAAAUGCGUCGUAUCUUGGACAGCUCGUUUUCAAGCUCAGAUAUAAACACGAUAAGAACGCUCUCAUCGUCUCAGUGGUCCGCUGCCGCGACCUCCCCGCCAAAGACCCCAACCUCGGUUCCAGCGACCCCUACGUCAAACUGCAACUCCUCCCUGACAAACAACACAAAGUCAAAACCCGAGUUUUGCGCAAAACUCGCAAUCCCGUCUACGACGAAGACUUCACUUUCUACGGAAUCAACUUCAACCAACUGCCCAACAUCACUCUCCACUUCGUCGUCCUCAGUUUCGACCGCUAUAGCCGCGACGACAUCAUCGGUGAAGUUUUCUGUGCUUUAAACACCGUCGAUGUCACUCAAAUUGAAAACCAACAGAUGGCUCUAUGUAGAGAAAUCCAACCGCGAAGCCUCAAGAUUCGGUCCCAAGGGCGUGGCGAGCUUCUGGUUUCGUUGUGCUGGCAACCGGCAGCCAAUCGACUCACUGUAGUCGUCCUAAAAGCUCGAAAUUUGCCUAAAAUGGACGUGACGGGAUUGGCUGAUCCUUACGUCAAGAUUUACUUGCUCUACAAUGGACAACGGAUUGCCAAAAAGAAGACUCACGUCAAGAAACGGACGCUGAGUCCUGUUUUUAAUGAAAGUUUCGUUUUUGAUAUUCCUGCAGGAGGAGAAGGUUUGGAGAACGUCAGUUUGGAGUUUUUGCUCCUUGAUUGGGAUAGAGUGACCAAAAAUGAGGUGAUUGGUCGACUUGAAAUGGGCGGGGCCAAGUGUACCGGAACGGCGCUGCACCAUUGGAACGAAGUCUGCAAUUCAGCUCGCAGACAAAUCGCCGAUUGGCACAAACUUAGAGAGUAGGCGGGUGCAAGUGACUGAUAGUUUUCUGAUUGGUUCGAAUGGUUGGUUUAAAAUUGGCGCUUGUAGAUUAGCCAAUAGUAAUUGUGUAAUUGUUUCACCGCAAAUAUAGUAGGCUUUGUUUUGUUGUUGCAUAGGUUUUGUGUAAAUAAGAACAAUAAAUGUUUCUAGUUAGGCUUUUGGAAAGUAUAGACCGAUUUUUUUGGAAUUAGUAAAUCUUUCCCUCUAUUAACUGAUGAGAAAAAGCAAUCGGGCAGGGUCGCGCUUAACAAGACUUAAAAUUGAGAUUAGCUUUGUUACAAAAGGGUUUGUGAUAUAGAUUUAAGCUGAUUAAAAAGUACCAAAAAUGUAAUCUAAAUGUAUUAUAACUGCGCACUUUAGAGCAACUUGCACGCUACUGGCGUAGAAAAAUCUAUCACUCAAAAAAUGUAUUUCUCAAAUACAUUUGAGGAUUUCUAAAAAAUACUCCCGGAUUUUGGGCCAUUUUACUCACAACUUUUACCAAUUAAUAGAACAACGAAAGCACGCACAUACUCUAAUCCGACAUACUCAAAAAUCCGCAAAUGUAUUAACGCACCUCUACAAUGUAGAAUAACUAAAACCAUAGUUAAGUAUUAAAAUGUAAAUUUCUCAUAGGCCCAGUGCUCGGAUGAUUUUAGGUUGAAGUACGCAGUGUUGCCAGGUUUGGUAAAAUUUCACCAGAUUUGGUGAUUUUCAUGUUAGUCUGGUGAUUUGGAAAACUUUUGCAAAAAUUCUAAUAUCUGGUGAUUUUUUGUAAAUGUAAAAAACAGUUUUUUAAGCAUUUUCUACGUUUUCAACUAGAAACUUGAUUGUCUUGUCAAGUUUUUUCAAAAAAGUCGAGAAACCACCAAAUUGGUUAAAAAUAGUUCUGUUUUUUUACAGGAUCGAAAAUGCCGAUCAAUCGAAAAUUUUGUUUUUUUUUCGAAUACUUUUAUAUCUAGAAAUACGAUUAUAUCGCAAAAUUUCGUUAGAAACAAUCCAGAAAUUUAACAAAUUCGACCAAAAAAAGCGUUUUCCAAGUGUUUUUGCAUGUUUUUGAAAUAAAUACAAAAAAAUUAAAAAUUCCGUUAAAGCAGGCAAAAAAUUUAUAAAACUAAAUCAAAAUCCAUUAUUUUUAGCUUCUUUUACUCGACAUCGUUUUUGAACAAGAGGCUUAUUUAUUUUGCAAAAUCUUGUCCAAACACGCUUAAAAAUCACAAAAACAAUUGAUAUUGAUGUUGUUUUGUUUUGAGCAAAAUAAGACAAAAAUAAGUGAAAAAACGUUAUUGUU